GAGAACUCAACUGGUUUCCUGUUGCAAGUGCUCAGGCCGCAGACACCAGCCCCGAAACGUAGUUGCAGAAUUCAUGUUGCCCUGUGCAAGCAAAUCUUCAGAACAUGCUGUUACCUGCAGUUACAGCAGCAAAGCUAGAGCCAGGAACCUUGGGUGGGAUCCAUCCAUACAGCAAGUGUAGUAUUCUCCUUUCCCUGCUCAUAAUCACCUGCCCCCUCUACUCUUUCUCCGUCAUAGCUGGGAGGAGAUAAAGAAUUGUUGCAGGCAGCACCACCCAUGUUCCUGUCCUCUAUGUAGAAUUCAGGUGGGCACAUUACUGCUGAGCAGACACAGGAAACAAAGCAGGAGUGUGAGGGUCCCAGAAUGACCCACACAGCUGCAGUCGGCCCCGCUUCCUGGGAGCUGUGUGUUACCGUGGAUCAACAGAAUGAGGCCGAGAACCAAGACGUUAUAAUUAGAGUGUCUGGAGACCUGCAUAUUGGUGGAGUAAUAUUCAGGCUUGUAGAACAAAUAGGUGUUUCUAGGGACUGGUCAGACUAUGCUCUCUGGUGGGGACAGAAGAACUUCUGGUUGCUAAAGACUCACUGGACACUAGACAAAUAUGGAAUACAGGCCAACGCAAAGCUGUUCUUUACACCUCAGCACAAGCUUCUGCGCCUCAGGCUACCAAAUAUGAAAACUGUCAGACUAAAAGUCAAUUUUUCAGCGCUGGUCUUCAAAGCGGUUUUAGAAGUCUGCAGAACACUCAAUAUCAGACGACCAGAAGAGAUUUCAUUGUUGAAACCCCUGGAAGAUUCUGCGAAGAAGAAAAAGAAAAAAGAUGUAAAGGAAACUAUUUUGGAAGAAAUAAUAAACUUGGAAACACCACACGGAAAUUCCGGAUCAUUAGCUAGCCCUGGUUUAUAUAGCAAGACCAUGACGCCCAUGUACGACCCUGUCAAUGGCACUCCCGCCUCUGCCACAAUUACGUGGUUUACUGACAGUCCGCUAGCAGAGCAAAACUGCAACAUCUUAGCUCUCGCCCAGCCAAUCUCUUCUCCGGAAAUACUUAAUAAGAUGUAUCAGCCCCGGACAUUGGUUGAAAAGGCAAAGCUGAAUUCUGGAUGGUUGGACUCUUCUAGAUCUCUGAUGGAACAAGGCAUCCAAGAGGAUGACCUACUGUUGCUGAGGUUCAAGUACUACUGCUUUUUUGACCUGAAUCCAAAGUAUGACGCUGUCCGUAUUAACCAGCUGUUUGAACAAGCGCGGUGGGCUAUCCUUUUAGGAGAAAUUGACUGCACUGAGGAGGAGAUGUUAAUGUUUGCAGCACUGCAGUAUCACAUAAGCAAGUUAUCAAGAUCAUCGGAAACGUUUGAAUUAGCGGAAGAUGAGGAAACAGACGAAAUAGAAGCUGCUCUUUCUAACCUAGAAGUUGCCCUCGAAGGGGGGAAAUCCAACAAAAUACUGGAGGAUAUCACAGAUAUACCAAAACUGGCAGAUAACUUAAAGCUGUUUAGGCCUAAGAAGCUGACACUAAAAGCUUACAAGCAGUACUGGUUCGUGUUUAAAGAUACAUCAAUAUCUUAUUUUAAAAAUAAAGAUGCAGGUCACGGAGAGCCAAUCGAAAAGUUAAAUCUCAAAGGUUGUGAACUUGCACCAGACGUAAAUGUAUCACAGAAACGAUUUGGGAUCAAACUAUUAAUACCAUUUGCAGAAGGAAUGAAUGAAAUUUACUUAAGAUGUGAUAACGAAAGCCAGUAUGCCAAAUGGAUGGCUGCUUGUAUACUGGCAUCAAAAGGAAAGACAAUGGCGGAUAGCUCAUAUCGAUCUGAAGUACAGAACAUUCUCUCGUUUCUCCGGAUGAAGAACAGAAAUACUACAGCCCAAGUGCCUUCUGACAUUGAAAAUGUGGACAUAAAGCCUGAGUGUUUGGUGUCCCCAAAGUACACAAAGAAAUACAAAACAAAACAGUUGGCUUCCCGUAUUCUGGAGGCACAGCAGAACAUUUCCCAGAUGCCCCUCGUUGAAGCCAAAAUGAGGUUCAUCCAGGCAUGGCAAUCGCUCCCAGAGUUUGGCUUGGCCUACUAUAUUGUAAGAUUUAAGGAUAUAAAGAAAGAUGAACUACUUGGUGUAUCCUACAACAGACUUAUCAGGAUAGAUAUGGCAACCGGGGACCCUGUUACAACCUGGAGGUACUCCAACAUGAAACAGUGGAAUGUGAACUGGGAAAUACAGCAGGUCGCCAUUGAGUUUGACCCUAACAUUUCCGUCGCCUUCAUGUGUCAAAGUGCAAGCUGCAAAGUGGUUCAUGAAUAUAUUGGAGGGUAUAUCUUCCUCUCUACCCGAUCAAAAGACCAGAAUGAAACUUUGGAUGAAGAACUUUUCCAUAAACUAACUGGAGGCCAGGAAUGAGUGCCUGAAGAAUAAUUUACUCUUAUUUAUACAGAUAUUUUAUAUAUACAGCUUUCAUCAUAGGGGAAGCAAUUCUUACAUGCACAUCGGACUUCCUGUGUGACAGACUUCUAAAGAGAACUACAAAGAGCACAUUUAUAACCUCUUCGGCUGGUAACAUAACACCACGGCUUGUAGCCUGCUAGCCGCGGGUAUACAUAGAACUCCAAUGUUAUGGAGAGUUUUGUACGCGUUUCAUGACUUUUUAAUCAUUUGGCAAAGACUUAACUUUCAUUGAGACAAUGAAAUUCAAUAAACUCAGAUUUUAUACUA